CGCUCGGUGAACCUGAAGGACCAGGAGCAUCCGAAGAACCAAAAGCACCCGGAGGACCUAAAGAACCAGGAACAUGCGGAGAACCAAAAGCACCCGGAGGACCUAAAGAACCAGGAGCAUGCGAAAAACCAAAAGCCCCUGAAGGUCCCGCUGUAGCAGAUGUAUUUAAACCUGGAGUGAUCCAAUUUCAUUUCUCGUUCAGCAGUUAUGGGGAAGAAACAAUAAUUUUAGGAUUGUUUCAGUUGUUUCAUUGUAAGCCUAAAGAGUUAAGCGUAUCCGCCGGUAAAAUCAAUCUUAAUAAUUUACACGAAUUCACAGAAGCGCUGGAAAAUUCACAGAUUGUUGAUAAUGGGUAUGGUAGUCCAGCUAUUCGCCUUAGUAUUCAUAGUUCACUUGAUGCAUUUGUGGGGGAAAAGUUUAUCGUUUGUUGUAAGCAACAUGUAAUUGCAUCUACCACUAUCAAAUCUAGUACUGAUAUUCAAUAA